GUGAGGAGAUUAUUGAUAGAACUUUGAAAGUCGAUAAUGAGGAAAUGAUGCAUCAGAUUGUUGAAAAAGUUCUUUGGGAAAAUGUAGAAAAACUUUUCAAGUUAGAUUAUGAUGAAUUUAUUCAGACAUGUAUAUGGAGACCUAAAAAGGAGGAUAAGCAGGAAAAUAUUUCUGUAGAAUGGUUUGUUUUACAAAUGGGAGCUAUAUAUGGUCACGAGGUAUUGGAAAAUCAACAGCUUAUAAAGAAGGCCUUGGAUCGUAAAAAGAAAUCAAAGGAGAAGAAAUCGAAAAAUAUUAAGAAUUUAUUGCAAAGUAAUGACUCUCUGAGUCUAGAUGAAGAUGAAAUAGCAAAUAUCAAAAAUAUAGAGUCGCAGAAAUUGGCUAAAAAAUGGCUUAAAAAUUAUAUCAAGAACUUAUGUGAUGCUCCGAAAAAAGAUAAAACCAUUAUCUCCCAUUUAUGGAAAGAUGCUACUACUCACGCUCAAAAAACAUGUCCCAGUAUUAGCAAAGCUGAUAUAACCAGAUCUUCAGACGCCUCUACGAGGCAUAAUGACUACCUUAAUGUAUUAGAUAAAAUUGCAGAUUCUAUUUAUUUAAAGUUAUCAGAUCUACUUUCAAAAUUGUCUAAGCUUAAUGUGGAAUAUAGAAAUGGGAUAUACAAAUUAAUUGUGCGAGCGCAGAAAUACAAGCCUGAUAUUACAAUUUUGAAACAAUAUAUAUUUCAAUAUAAUCUGGAAUCAGAGUGUGAAGCAUUAAUAGAUUUCUGA